AUUCCGGUGAUUGUAUCCAGUGACAUAUGAAUCGUCACUAAUGACAUGUUUCAUUAUGUGACUAGUUGUGCAGAUGUGUUAAUGGUUAUGAAAUGAUUAUUAUUACAUUUACACUUUUCGAUAGCAUUAACAGCGCGAUCGGAUGGCUGUGAAGACACAAUUCACUUCGAUCCUGGGGUUCAGCACAGCAGUCAUCAAUCAUAUUACUCAGAAACAGAUCCAGUAAUGAGCUCGAAGGAGGCUCAUGAAGCUCGUGAACCUAUGGACUUGGAUGAAAUCCUGGACGAGUUGGGACACUUCGGGAAGUUCCAGUCCAUCAGCUUCCUCGUCAUCAGCUUCCCUAUAAUCUUCUCGGCUAUAUUCGCCCUUAGUUACAUCUUCACCGCUGGAGGUCUGAACUACAGAUGUCGAAUCCAGGAAUGCGAGGAACCGGAGACUUCCUUCCAGCCGGGGUGGCUGAGCUACGCCGUACCCUUCCAGCAAAAGGGAUCGGCCAAAGUUCCAAGCCGUUGCCUCCGCUACGGGCACGUUAACAACAUAUCUCAGCAACUUGGUAGUAACUCCAGUACCCCUGAUCACAAUACCACCUGCAGCACAGAGCUCUUCAAUAGGAGCAGCACGGUCAGGUGUGACAGAUGGGUGUACGAAGGAGCACGGUCCACCAUUCUUAGAGAGUGGGACAUAACCUGUGAAGAUAAUCAAUGGGCACUUACCAUGGUCGGAACGGUUAAUAAUGUUGGUCAGUUUAUUGGUAUGCCUAUAGCCGGAGUGGUUUCUGAUAGAAUUGGCCGGAAGAAGGCUUUGGUGUUGGCUGUCCUCUUGUCUGCGGUCAUGGGUAUUGCUCGAUCAUUAGCUUGGAGUUACAUGUCUUUUCUUACUUUCGAGUUCCUGGACCCUCUUUGUGGGAGUGGUUUGUACACUGCAGGGUUUGUCCUAGGAAUGGAGUUGGUGGGCCCACAGGGACGAGUGUUUGCAGGCAGUAUAAUCAGCGUCUUCUACACGAUAGGAGAAGUGAUUCUAGGAGUCGUGUCCUUGUGGCUGCAGAAAUGGAGGCUGAUUCUCAGAGCACUUUACUUCCCUGCAUUCCUCUGCAUCGCUCACUACUGGUUGGCUACUGAAUCUGUGAGGUGGCUUCUCACGAAAGGAAGACUCGAAGAAGCGAGGGAUAUCAUUCUGAAAGCUGCCACCACAAAUGGCAUUGAAUUAUCUCAACAAUCACUGAGCAAGAUAGAAUUCUCUGCUGAAAUCAGAGAUAAAAUAGGGAACCCACAGAAAGAUAAGAAUUCAAGAAACGGGUCUCUGAUGCGGAUAUUUCAGUCAAAAAUAUUAUUAAGAAGGCUCCUGAGCUCUGCUUUCUGCUGGUUCAGCAUCACGUUCGUGUUCUUCGGGUUGUCUCUGAACUCGGUAUUAGUGGGAGGCAACCAGUUCACCAACUUCAUCCUGGUGGCGCUGAUAGAACUCCCAGCUUACGUCGUGUUCUACUUCGCCAUGGACAGACUGGGCAGGAAGUGCACUCUUUGCCUCUCCCUCAUUCUCUCGGGCGUCAGCUGCAUCUCCUUCGCGUUUCUGCCAACAGAGUUGGGCCUGGUACAGCUGCUCCUGUUCAUGCUGGGGAAGUUCGGUAUCACGAUUUCCUUCGCUGUGGUUUUCGUGUUCACUGCCGAACUGUUUCCGACGGAACUGCGGCACUCGACGCUCGCUUGUUGCUCCAUGCUCGGGCGUAUCGGCUCCGUGAUAGCGCCUCAGACUCCCUUGCUGAUAUUCAAAACCGCUAUGGAUCUCGACGAAGUGCUGGACGAACUAAAACACUUUGGAAAGUUCCAGGCCACCAAUUACCUACUACUCAGUGUGGCCAUUUUGUUUGCAGCCAUGUUUGAAGCCAGUUUCAUUUUCACAGCUGGAGAUCUGAAUUAUAGAUGUCGCAUUCCAGGUUGUGACGGCAAGGAGGCGACUUUCCGGCCUGACUGGUUACAGAACGCUGUGCCGUUCUAUCAGCAUGACGGACGGUCUGUCCCUCGGCGCUGUCUCCGCUACGAACCUCGUAACUCCUCCUUCCUGAGUGAAAAUGCAGAACUAAACGAUUCCUCGUGCUCGCCUGAAAGCUUCGAUAACAACAGCGUCACCAGUUGCGAGGGAUGGGUCUAUGACGGCGAGGAAACUACGAUCCUGAGAGAAUGGGACCUAACGUGCGAAGAGAAUCUCUGGAAGCUAACGAUAGUGGGCACUGUGAAUAACAUCGGACAGUUCGUAGGAUUAUCUGUUGUUGGCUUGGUUUCUGACAGAAUUGGACGUAAGACAACUCUGAUAGCAUCUAUGAUACUUUCUUGUCUGAUGGGCGUGGCUCGAUCCAUCGCGUGGAGCUAUGAAAUUUUCCUUCUCUUCGAAUUUCUGGACCCGGCUCUCGGUACCGGCGUCUACACGUCUGCAUUGGUCUUGGGGAUGGAACUGGUCGGCCCUCGAUCCAGAGUUUUCGCAGCAACAAUGAUUACCUCAUUCUACGCGAUAGGGCAGGCUCUGACAGGAAUCAUCGCCUGGUGGCUACAGAACUGGAGGCUCAUCCUGAGAGCAUCAUACCUUCCAUCAUUACUGUGCAUAUCUUAUUACUGGUUUAUUCCAGAGUCGGUAAGAUGGCUUCUGACAAAGAAAAGAACAAAGGAGGCCUCCGACAUUAUACUCAGUGCAGCCAGGAAAAAUGGCGUCUGCCUUUCAGAACAUGUGAUGAGGAAGAUCAGAACGUCAUCAGAGCAGAAAGAGACGGAGGAGGGUUUUGACGGAAGCGGAAGUCCAUGGAAAGCGGCGCUUUCACAAGUCUUCAAAUCAAAGACUUUACUAAUGAGAUUAACCAUCUGCAUCGUUUGCUGGGUCAGCAUUACGUUUGUUUAUUUCGGGCUGACAGUGAUCUCCGUGUCGGUGGGGGGCAACAAGUACACGUCCUUCAUCCUGGCGGCCCUGAUCGAACUGCCUGCCUACGUAGCCACGUACUUGUCCAUGAACAGGUUCGGGAGGAAGUUCUCCCUGUGCAGCACUCUCCUGAUAUCAGGCAUCCCGUGCACCGCCUUCGCCUUCCUGCCGCCAGGCUUGGACUGGGUGCGUCUGCUGCUCUUCUUGGCGGGCAAGUUUGCCAUUACAAUCUCGUACACGGUUAUGUAUGUAUAUAACGCUGAGCUGUUUCCUACACAACUGCGUCACUCUCUGCUUGGCGCCUGCGUCAUGUUCGGGCAGAUCGGCUCCAUUCUGGCACCUCAGACACCCCUGCUGGAUGAAGUGAUGGAAUCUCUCCCACUUCUCCUGUUCAGCGCCAUGUCUGUGUUCUCCGGAUUGCUGGCACUGUACUUCCCCGAAACUCUGAACGCCAAGCUGCCAGACACGAUAGAAGAAGCAGAGAACAUCGGGAAGCACAAACGACAUAUCAUCAAUGACGAGAGUAAAUAUGAAGUUCAACAAGAUGUCUGACCUACACUCUGCAGCUGAAUCACACUAAUUGGUAUCAACAAGAGAAAUACUCACAGGCAUCAGAAUCUGGGGACUUGCUGCAUGCAGAGCUCACUGCAAACGUUUGAUGGGAGAGUGAUGCAAGAGCCGGCCUCUCAAUUACGACUGAUUUAAAAUAAUUUUAAGCAUUAAUUACUACACAAAAAAUCCUAUUCCCUUGCAGCAGAAACGUAUGUUCUUCUUCCUUUUUACUGAUGCUACAACCCUGUGUGGGUCUUGGUCUCCUCCAUAGUUUCGUAACAGUAAUUUUCUUUCCUGGAUGGGGUCGUUAGCUCCACGUCCAACUCCCAAUUCGGAGGGCCGACUACACUGGCCUUACCCUUUGACCUGUCUGGCAUUAGUGGCUCUACCAGGAGCUUACGCUUCCGCCAGCAUAAGAACAAUUAUUGCUUUAACACAAGCAACUUUUCAAAGAAGCCUCUUCACCACUGAAAUAUUUAUCUACACAGUUAACAAGUCGCAAAUAAUCGAUGUUGCCUUAUAAAAGGAACCCUUUCAGAAUAACGGCGAAGACGUAAAUCAGAUGUGAGAACACUGGCACUGUGAUUUUGAUGCAUCUGUGAUAAAGAAAACUCAUUUAUUGCAAAGUUUAUUCAUUCGCAUAUUUUACAGCAUCUUAAUAACAAAAUAAAUUAGCUAAAAGUCGAUUCCUGUUCGAGAUUUUUAGGAUUACUAGUAUGAAAUUACUGCUUUCUUGAUUGCAUCUCAUAAAAGAACUGCUUAUUAAGAGAGGCAGUUCUGUAUCAUUGGCCAAACUGUAAAUUUAUAAUAUUCUAGAACAUGAUUGCAAAUUGAGGUCCGCAACAAAAAUUGGUCCGCAAUCAUAUUCUGCAUAAAACGGCCAUUUAGCGAAUUUCACUUUCCGUCACUGUAUGAUACAAGGGAAGUAUUGUAUCUAUGCACGGUGAAUAACAUAUUUAUUCUCCUAUACGUCAUAAUGUUGUGUAGCUUAGGCAUGGGGACAGCUUUACCUUUACCAUAGAUGAAUUUAUCCAUAAAAUAUUCACCCAUUACCACUAAAUUAUUAUAUGCACAAUGUUCAGAGAUAGACUGGUAUGUCUCAUUUUAUUGCAUUGCAGCACAAUGGCCGACCCACUGCAUAUAUUUAUCAGAAUAUACCAAUUUUCAGAUAAUUUUUGGGGGGAGAGAACUGGUUAGCCUACAUAAAGCUUUCUUUUUUCAUCAAAGCAAAUGCUUGCAAACUGAGAAUGUGCAGGAAUUUAUGAAGCGUCCAAGAAAGAAUGCAUGAUUUUGCCUUACUUGUUCUAAGCGCAGGCCUAUAUACGUCAUAAUUGUACUGUAUCUACUAACCGAUCACUUUAUGUCAACAGAAUAUUUCUAAAAUGGUCGCAUAUAAGUAAUACAAGUACAAUGUUGAGGUUAAGAAUACGUGGAGCUAUGCAGCCAUUCCUCCACACACCUUCAUGGCGUGGUGCUUUAUUAAGCACA